AGUCCAUAAGGGUAGAACAGAUUCAUGUUCUAUACAAUUGCAAAGAUAUGAUACACUGAUUGCUGGAUAUUAAAUACUGCUCAAUUUUAUAACAGUUAGUUUUUAUUUAAUGUCGAUUAGGAAUUGUGUUAUCUGAAAAUGUUUGUCAUAUAAAAUGAUGCUUGCGUGGGCGUGGAUUUAUAGGAAAAGCGUAGCUGAAUGAGAAGGAUAUAGCAUAUGUAAUAUGUUUUUACCUGAGUUAAGCGGACUGCAAACAACUACUCCACACUUUGGAUAAGGGAUAUUGUUUGUGUUAACUUUUCCUUGUUUUUAAUCCCGAAAACAACGAUUUUACUAAACUCAUAGCCGUUGUAAAACAGACGGCAUAUGUUUUUGUAUGCAACAGCAUGUUAUAGCUGGAUUCUUGAUUAAUAAUUAUAUUUUGUAUAUGAAAUAUCACGAAAAUAGCGAAAAUUUUCUUAAAAUUUAUUCAAACUUGCUUUUGGCAUAUGCGUAUAUAAGUCAACAAAUGUAUGCAGUAAAUAUAUAUAUAUAUAUAUAUACUGUAUAUAUUACAAUUGCUGCUGUAUAGAAUAGCAAUGAUAACUAUUAAAAUUAUACAUAUAUCUCCUGAAUAUUUACUGUACUGCAUUUUUAUUUAUUCAAUAUGCAUAUGCAACUGCAAAUUUAUGAUAUAAUGAUAAAAUAUUAAUAGUACUUUAUUUUUUUUUUCACCUCUUUUUACAGACGUUUAGAAUGGUCUUGCAUAACUGACUGGCUUGAAUUUAAAUUAAUAAAUAAAUAAAAAUAAUCGUAAAAAGUUAUUAGGGAACGAAAGUAUAAACAUAAAAAAUCAUGCAAAGGAUAUUAUUCAUAAUCUUUUACGCAACUUGGAUUCUUUUACAUAAUGUUUACGGUACUAUAACUGGUAGAAAAGGUACUCAAUUUUCAACAGCUGAAUCUGAAGAGAAAAUUUUAAUGCCUGGUGUCCAUCCAUCAGUUGAAGAUGAAUAUUUUUGCAUCGGAAAAAAACUACACAAUUAUGAACAAUAUAUAACAUCGUUCGAAGCUUUGGGAAAUUCAACGUCUAUCCAUCAUCUACUUUUAUAUGGAUGUAAAACACCAUACUCGAAGAGUGGAGGAUGGUGGAAAUGCGGCGCCAUUUGCGGUGAAGGAGGACCAUCUAUUUUAUACGCUUGGGCGAAGAACGCACCACCGGUACAAAUGCCACCGAAUGUAGGAUUUCACGUUGGCGGUAAAACUCCUGUAUCCUAUAUUGUAAUGCAGAUCCAUUAUAAGCAUCCCAUCGACAAAUCUCAACCAGGUGAUAAAUCGGGAGUAAAACUAAAAAUGACGACAAAACCUCAAAAGUUUUUAGCCGGAAUUUACAUUUUGAUGAGAUACUUGUUUACAAUACCUGCUCAUUCAAGUGGAGUUCAUUCUGAUGUAUCUUGUCGAUAUUCCGGAAAUUCGAAACUAUAUCCAUUUGCGUUUCGGGUUCACGCCCACUCUUUGGGAAGAGUUAUAUCAGCUUAUCAGUAUAACGACACAGGCUGGCAUAAAUUGGGUAAAGGAAAUCCUCAAUGGCCGCAAGCCUUUUAUCCCAUUAAUGAGAAUUUAGUGAUAAAACCAGGCGAUCGAUUAGUUGCGAGAUGCACUUUUGAUGCUAGAAACAGGAACACAGAUACACAUAUUGGUUCAACUCAUAACGACGAAAUGUGUAACUUUUACUUGAUGUACUAUACUCCAGCAACAGUUGGCGGCUCUUAUUUCCAAUGUGGCGGCGACAAUAUACCACGAUUAUCGGAUAAGCUUCCAGACGAAUCGGAUAGCCCCCUCCCACCUAAUCCUUUAUUAGAGAACUGGGCAACAGGAAUUUUAUCUUCAGGUAGACCAGCUUCUCACUCAAAUGCUGAAAAUUAUGAUAUUCUUUACGAUUAUUACGAUGUGGAUAAACCAAAAUAUGACUAUUAUUACGACUCUCCUAACUUUUUUCCAUAUCCCUCUUACCGAAAACCCGUAAUUCCGAAUGUUCAAAGGAAACCACUAAUUAAACAGCCACUUAUGCAGAGGCCUCACCAUGAUAACAUGGUAGACCAUGGUUCAGUGGAGGCAUCUAGAAACAGGGUAACAGAAAAAGUUAUCCCUGAGAAAGUGAAAACAGUAAAAACAGUUUCCCCCAAGUACGUGAAAAAUUGGCCUAAAGCAGGAAUCAAAUUUGGACAAAUAUCAGGCAUUGGAACAGAUUCUAAGGGAAAUGUCCAUAUUUUCCACAGAGCCGACAGAAUUUGGGAUGUAAACUCGUUUAAUAGCGACAAUACCCUGUAUGAGAAGACUCCUAUAAAAAACGCAACAAUUCUGAUAUUUGAUCCAAAAGGAAACUUAAUCAAAAGUUGGGGAUCGAAUAUGUUCUAUAUGCCUCAUGGACUACAUGUUGAUAAAGACGAUAAUGUUUGGGUUACGGAUGUUGGCUCACACCAGGUAAAAUAUUGA